AUGUACUUCACUCUCUAUUUCCUCGUCACCCGCCUCCCUGACACUCUUAGCUCUGUCAGGGACCACUUCCUAGCGCUAGACCCCACCACUCUCACUGUCGACGACUUCGAGAAGCACCUCCUCGCAGCAGAGAAAAACAUCCUCGCUGUAGGUGCUGCUCGUGGCACCCCUCGCUCUCCCCUCUUUGAGGGGUGCUCCCCCUCCCCUCUCACCCCCUCCUACGCCUCCGCAGCUGCUGUUCACGACUACCUUGGUGCUGAGAGGGUCGGAGCUGCUUCCGCUCCUAGUGGGAAGCGUCGCAGCGGCAGGGGCGGCAGGGGUGGCAGGGGCGGUGGGGGUGGCGGUGGAGGUGGCGGUGGUGCAGGCGGCGGGGGAGGUGGAGGUGGUGGGGGUGGUCGUGGGGGUGGAGGCGGUGGAGGUGGUGGUGGGGGCGGCGGAGGCACUGGGAGCGGUGGAGGGGGCAGCAGCGGCGGUGGGGGAGGAGGGGGCGGUAGUGGCAUUGGUGGUCAGGGCCAGCAGCAGCCGCAGCAGCAGCAGCAGCAGCAUCAGCGCCUUGCACACCUUUACACUUGA